AUGACUGGGACCAUCGCCGCGUUACUCCGGCUCAAACUCUUUGCGAGCGCGGCACGUGCUAGAAUUCAAUGGCUAGAGGAAAUAAUCAAACAGCGGCUACCUGACGUCGACAUAGCAGGCGGUCCGCAAAUAGACGCGUUUCCGGACCCGAAAGGAUCGGGGGUCGUCGGAGGUGGAGACUACGAUGAGGACAAUAUCUCGACAUCGUCUCCCCGGUCCGGCCGCGGAUGUAGUCAACCGGUGCCGGUGGGAGGGACUAUAGUUCUGGGGUCGCAACGAUCAGGCAGUCUCAAGCGUACCGCGGAGGCCGCGGGAUCCAACGACCACGACGAAGAGUUCCCGGAUCGUGCACACUCGGUCGCCAGGAAUUUAGGGAUGCUAUCGCUCAACUCGGAUUCGGAUCAAAAGCACUAUCUGGGAUCGAGUUCCGGUGUUCUUUUCACAAAUCUCAUUGGGGCGUCUCCCUCAAGUGCAGGCUCAACACCGGUUGCUUUGAUUGAUGACGUCCAAGCCCAGGGACCAGCAUCUGAAUGGCACGACAGCACCAUCCCAAGCAACGUCUCGCAAGAAUAUAAUCGUGCCUUGCACGUGUGUCUACGGCAGGAACUUCCAAGAAAAGAAGAUGCCAUCAAACUCGUACACACCUACAUUCGUUGGAUACAUCCCGACUACCCAGUUUUAGAAGCGACAUCUCUACUGAGUGCCAUUGAGGCUCUUUAUGCGACUUUUGAAUGCUCGCUGGAAGAAGAUCCCUUGCCAAAUGGCUGGCCAAGUUCCGUUCAAGCGUUUAGGUGGAAUGGAUGGCAGGUCACCCCGAGCGAUCAAGGUAUGCAAGCGGUGCCUAUGCCCGUUGUUGCUUUUACACUCUUCAUGGUGUUCAAUAUCGCAGCUAUCAUGAAGAUCAGGUCGCGGAUCUACGAGUUUCCUCCCGAAAGGUUCUACCGCCGGCCCCUUGGCUUCCGCGACGAAACAUUCGAUAUUAUGAUGCCUGAGCCCCAAUUAUCACGCACAGGCAAUACGAACAGCCUCAACACGAUUCCAUCCUCCUUCUCGGAGGCUGUCCUGAGAUAUGCACGACACCAGUUCGAACUUGAUAGACUGAUUUCCGACGUCAAACAACAACUUUACCAUCUGCCCGGCGACUCCUCCUGGUUUCCAAUGCCUCGAAACCCGACUGACCAACAAGGAAGAAUCAAACAAGAGCUCGUGAAUUGGUGGCGAGAGGUGUCUGAAGAAUCUUUUGAUUUCCCCGGUGUUGACAACCGACAGCGUCGCAUCUGGAAGCUGAAGCUGAAGAUCAAGUAUCACACCACGAUGGUGAUGCUGUACCAGCCUUCACAGGUCAUUCGAAACCCUCCUCCCGAGUCUCUCCAGAUCUGCUUCAACAAUGCUUCGUCCAUUCUGCAAGACUACCAAAUGUUGCACGAUAUGCAAGGUCUUCAUCAUGGAUGGCGAACGGUCCAGAACAUUUUCGCGGCCGGGGCGACGCUGAUCUAUUCUUUCUGGACGUGCCCCAUCAUCCGUCAAAGCGCGUCCACGGCCGACCUUUCCAAAAGUUUGCGCGCUUGUUCAGGUCUCUUGGCAGUUGGUGGGGAAUGGUGGCCGUCUGUCAAAAGGGGACAGAGAAGUUUCGGGGCUAUUGUCGACCUCACAGUCCGCAAACUUUACACCGGCAAUAUGCCAUCAAAGAACCCCAGACUCUUCAUGCCUCUCAGCGCGGAAGACGGAGAGACUGCGAUUGAGAACUCAGAAGGAGCACCUGUCUAUGAUGCAACUGGGCAGCAGUCCGACCUUUCCCACAUAGCGCUCAACGGCGCAGACGCACCCUGGCACCAGAUAGCGGGAGCCUCGAUGGAGCUACCGAAUGCCCACGACCCGGUACAUUGGCAGGGAGUCUAUCCCGCCCCUACAUUCCAUUCAACAACGAACGACUAUGUUCCGGAAAUUGAGACUUUUCUUGCCGAUUUCGACAAGUCUGAGUUCAGCUGGAGCUUUCCUUUGACUAGCAUUAGCGAUCCCUACGACAUAGCGAACUUCCCGAACCCGGGAUAUCGAUGA